AUGACACCCGGGAACUUUGGGGGACGGUUUCAGGAGUCAAACGCGACCUGCGUUCAUUGCUUCGAUCGCAAUAUGCUCAGCCAAUAUCCACCCCGACCGCGACUGACGCGACUGGACAGCAAGCACCGCUCAAGAUCCAGCGCCUCAUCCAUAUCCUCGGCAUCCAUGGCCUCACCCUCAAUUCAUCCCUCCGACCUGCGCGAAGAGAGCCAUCUCCAAGAUCUCGAACUGAUGAUGCAAUGGUGUACGGCAACCUACAAAACCAUGGCCCGCAAUCCUGCCUCUGAAACAAUCUGGCAAACCACCAUCCCCACCCUCUCCCUUCGCCAUCCACCCCUCCGUCAAGGUCUCCUCGCCCUCUCUGCCCUCCACCUAGCCUCAACCACCGUUUCCGCUCGCCGAUGGCAAUACCUCGAAACAGCUCGUGCCCAUCAGUCCCACGCGCUCGCUGCCCUCUCCACCACACCCCUCGAACAGGAGUCAGAUCCCAAUGUGACAUUCGCUCUGUGCUGUCUCAUGAUCGCGUUUGCGUUUGGAUACUGUGUCAUCGACGAGGAUGGCGAACUGGACAGCCUGGAGGAAUUCCUAGAAGUUCUGCAGCUCACCCGCUGGCUGGUCAGCAUCAUCAUACCCAUCCUGGAUCGCAUCGCUACUGGCGAUCUCAAUCCGCUCAUCAAGCCUGAAGACCCUCGACCCACGAUGCCUGACAUGUCUCGGCUAGUUGUGCUGGCGCUGCGUCGCCAAAAUGCACUGGAAGCGGUCCAGGAUGCGACGCAUGAUGAGUCCCUCUACGAGGCGGCGAUCGAACACCUGAGCAAUGCGCUGGAACGGUUGAUGAAAGGGGGUGAGCCCAAAGUCUUCGCGUUCUGUUGGUGUUUCCGAAUCCCCGCAGGAUUCUUGGACCUCCUGGAUGCGCGUCAGCCGUUCGCGCUGGUCGUGCUGGCUCACUAUGCGGUUGUGCUCCAUCAUCUGCGGGAUUCAUGGUGGAUGGGGGAUUGGGGGAUGCGGAUCCUGUCGCGGAUUGGGGACUCGGUACCGCCGGAAUGGAGGGCGCUUAUUGGAUGGCCGGUGGACGCGACAGGGUGUUUUAUUUCUCCAUGA